ACGGAGAGUGGCGCUGGUGGUGCUGCUUUGACGGAUGUUUAUCAAUCAGAGCCCCAGCUGGAGGGAAAAGUUCAUUCUCAAUUGUGACGUUUGAAUUGGCGAAAUUUUGCACAUCGACGGGGCCCUAUGUGUCGGAGAGGGCUGCAAAAUGUUUAAGAAUCUGACCCUGGAAAAACUGAUCUGCCCGAUCUGCCGAGGCAUUCUGGUGGAGCCAGUUACGCUGCCUUGCAAACAUGCGUUGUGCCUUGAGUGCUUCGACGGCUCCAUGGAAAUGGCCAACCUCACUUGCCCGAUGUGUCGGAAAAGAGUCGGCGCGUGGUUGCGCAAGGAAAGGAAGGAAGGCAGCCUGGUGAAUGCGAAACUCUGGGAGCACAUCCAGCGAAACUACGCCGAUUACGUCGCAAUGAAACAAAAAGGCGAAGACGAUUGCUUGGAAGACGUGCUCGAGGGAUCAGGGCCAGCGCCAGUCAAAAUCAGCCAGCCUGGUGAAAUCAGGAAGGAGUUCGAGACGAGCCAGGCCAAACUCGAGGUAGAGCUAAAGCAGCGGCAAGAGGCCGAGGAAAAAGCCUCGGUCGAACUCAUCAUGCAGUUGCAGGAAGAGGAGGACAGUUUAAAGAGAAGGGAAGAGGAGGACGAGCGAAUAGCGAGGGAGUUACAGUCACAAAUUGAGCUGGAUAUCAAUGGAUCAUUACAAAACAAAGCUGAACCAAUGGACGUGAUACAGAAUGGAGAGCAGAAGACAGAUGACAAGGAAAACAAAUUGGGCGCGCUGGCCUCUGGGUCUUCGUCAGUCAGAGGCCCCUUGGACGUGUUCUUUUCCAAAGUCAAGCCCCUACAAGGGAACAGUCGUAGCAACUCUCCGCAGACUGAUAGAAGUUUCACUGACGAGAAAGAUGCUUUGAAAAUCAACCGAUGCGAUAGCAUCACCAACGAAUUCCCGCAUUUUGAAUUUGCACCUAUUCACAGAGUUCCUCAGACUCCUCCGAAACUGUCGCCAGACGGUGCGGUGCUUCAAGUUCCAAUAAUUAGAGCAACCCCAGUCAAAAACUUACAGUUUGAGGAAACUCCUGCUUGCAGUCGAAUUUUAAAUUCCAGUCCGCCUUUGGUUCGCCAAUUUUCUACACUUCACUUUUUCGAGAAGCGAGAGUCGUCUACACCGAAUAACAUUUUCAAGCCGCACUCGUCUUUUUCUGCUUUCAAAGGUUACCAGCCGAAAGCGGUGAAGCGGGAGCUGUGUCCGUCGAGUUCGUUCAUCCACAGCAAAGUGCGGCGCGUGGGCGAGUCAACGGACGUAGACAUGAAUGAAGAGAGCCUGGACCGCCGCUCAAGCUCGCCGGAUCCCUUCGCGCUAAGUGAUGACGAGGACUCCGUGGACGGAAUCCUAUCUAGAGGCAAACGGGCGGAUAGCCUGAACUACUCUAAGUACCUGAGUACUUUGGAACAAGAAAGACAAGACGCCCUGAUGGCCAAACAGCUGCAGGACGAGCUCGACGAGGAGGUGAAAGCUCACAACUCGUACCAUUUGCGGACCAGGUCUCUCGACAAGAAGUCGGCUCAGCGGAGCAAGGGCAGCAAGAGCAGCAACCAGCCCACACUGCGGGAAACACUGCGCAGGGCGGCCGCAAACAAAUCCACCAACUAGUUUUGCAAUCUUCCUUAAUGUUUAGGGUUUGCUCGGACAAGAAGAAGUAAAAAUGAGAGGAAAUAAAGAAAACACACACAACAAACUACGACACGCUACUUUUUCAUCUAAUCUCUAUGUUACAUAAGUGUACCAAAAUGUUGUAGGUGAGUAGCUCAGUAGUCUUUUAGGUAUUAUACACUUUACUACUAUUAUGAUAAAAGCAAUCAUUUUUGUACAAAGAACCGAAGCAAAACGAAUGAAAAAAAGGAGGAAGGAAAUAAAGCCCUGAUUUUCCACGAGCACCUUGUUUUAUAUAGCCAAUAUGUUGUAGAACUAUGGAAUAACGUGCAACAUAUUAUUGUAAAAUAGUCUUUUUAACCCUGUCUUAGGUGUUAAAAAUUUCUGACUCGUAAUAACUUUUCGCAUUUCUUGGGUUCUCUAUACAAGACGAGACCGUGCAAUUUUUUCGUUGUCCUUCCAAAGCGCUUUCUUUGAUGUACACACGAAGACUUUUCGCUCCACGUGCGGAGACAUUUUGUAAAUUACCGGGAAAUUUAUUUUUUUGUUGUUGAAAAGAACGUGACAAAUAUUAAUCGUAAAAAUAACACUUUUGGGGUUGGUUAUUUUUGCGCGAAAGAUUCAGUACAAACUGUAAUACUUUGUUGAGAAGCUGUUAUAACAAAUUUAUUUUGUAUCUCAAAAUGAAAGUGCCUUAAAAUGCUGCGCACAUUAUGUUGGAGAGAGAGAAUGAAGCAGUAAUAUUAAGUUUGCAUAACAUUCAAUCCCCGAUUUAUUCUGUACGGAAGAUUCAGAACAUUUUUGGAUAAUAAAAAAUUGUGUACAUAAUGUUUUUGGGAUAUGUGCCAUGCAAGCAAGCUCUGUAACAAAAGUUCGAAAUAAAAUUGUAGUAUGUAAAAUACAGCAAAAACACA